AUGGCUCGUGAUGGUGCACAGGACUCUCACCAGCAUCAAUCCUUGAUGUAUCCUUAUGGGCCAGACGUGGGAGACACCAAGAAUCCCAAGUCAGAUGAUGGGACGUCUCCAAUGAUCUCCACUGCAGUGCCCUUCACUUUCUAUGGCAAGGAACACAACAAGCUCUUUGUGAACAACAACGGUGUGGUCUCCUUUGGUGUGAAUGUCUCACAGUACACACCUGACCCUUUCCCCCUGGAUGCCGGAUCACCCUUUGUCGCCCCCUAUUGGGGUGAUGUCAACAAUGAGUUUGGUGGGGAUAUUUGGUGGAGGCAGACCCAGGACCCAAAGCUGCUCAGCCGUUGCACUGAGGACAUCAACCAGUACUUCCCUGAGGUCCCUUUCACAGCAGUCUGGGCCCUGGUUGCCACCUGGGACCAUGUCGCUUACUUUGGUUCUGCCUCCAAAAAGACCAACACCUUCCAAGCUGUCUUAACCACCAAUGAGAAAAUAGCCUUCAUCAUGAUGAACUACCUUGACAUUCAGUGGACAACGGGCAUAGCAAGUGGUGGAGAUGCUAAGACGGGCCUUGGAGGAACCCCAGCACAGGCUGGAUUUGACAGUGGAGACAAAACAAAUUAUUACAACAUCCCUGGUUCCCGCACCCCUGAUAUCCUCAAUAUUGCAUCAACCACCAAUGUGCGUGUCCCGGGACGCUGGGUGUUCCAAGUGGAUGAAUUUGUCAUCGGAGUAACCACAGAACAAAGUGACUGUUUGGUAUAAGUACCUCUCCAAUCCAGAGUACAUCCUCAUCAGCACAUAGACCAGCAUCCAUUCCAGACAGCAUGAACUUCAACCCUAGCGAUGACCCCUCUGCUGCCCUCUUCUGGCACCCCACUUGAUUGCAAUAAAUGAUUGUGCUCA